GAUUUUAAUCAUUAUAAAAGCAGAACUACUCCUGUUAAGAGAUCGAGUUUCAAUCGAAUUUUCAAAUAGAGAAAAAGAUAGAAUUUUGAAAAAUAAAAAAUGGAUUUAAAAUACUUACCGUCACUUUUCCUAAUGAUUGCCUUUACAUCGGGGCAUCAAUUAAAAUUAUACAAUAAUUGUCCGUUUCCGGUGUGGCCAGGCAUACAGGGUAAUCCAGGUCAUAAACAUCUUGAAGACGGUGGAUUCCAAUUACAACAAUAUCAGGCCCGAAUAAUUGGCACACCAAAUAAUUGGGCAGGCAGAAUUUGGGGCCGCACCAAAUGCAAUGGCCAAGGUCAUUGCGAAACUGGCGAUUGUGGAAAUAAAAUUCAAUGCAAUGGCGCAGGGGGUGUUCCACCUGUGACUCUGGCGGAAAUGACGUUCAGUGGAGCUGGUGGACUUGAUUUUUACGAUAUUUCCCUCGUCGAUGGCUAUAAUUUGCCUUUAAGGAUGGUACCAACUGGAGGAUUCCAACCAUCCGGAGGAGGCAAAUAUGACUGUAAAGCAGCCGGAUGUAAUGCAGAUUUAAAUGCACGAUGCCCUGGGGAAUUGGCUGUUAAAUCAGGAGAAUGGACCGUAGCAUGCAAAAGUGCAUGUGCUGCAUUUAACACUGAUCAGUAUUGUUGUCGUGGGGCUCACAAUACUCCUCAAACUUGCAAAAGUGCACAUUGGCCCAAGAAUUAUCCAGCAAUUUUCAAAAGUGCUUGUCCAGAUGCCUAUAGUUAUGCCUAUGAUGACCAAACAAGUACGUUUACUUGCCGUCCAAGCCCAGCUACAAACUAUGAUAUCAUAUUCUGCCCCUAAAAAAUUGAAAAGUAUUUAUCAGAAUGCAUAAUUAAUUAAAAAAUUUGUAAAAUUAAAUUUCGUUGAAGUAAAAAUUUUUUUUCUCCA